AUGACAGAGCACAAGGACCUUGCCUAUUACAAAUGGCAGACCAAGUUUUGCACUCGCUUCGGCGACAAUGAUCAGUAUGGCCAUGUCAAUAACAGCAAAAUGUAUGAAUAUUUUGAUGCAAUCGCCAACAAGUACCUGAUACUGCAUGCGGGGUUGGAUCCACAAUCGGCGACAGAACCCAUUGGUCUCGUUAUUGCGUCUGGCUGUCGCUAUUUUGCGCCCUUGGAGUUUCCGGAUGAACUCAUUGGAGGCCUGACGGUAGGAAAGCUUGGCAAGACGUCUGUCACGUAUCACAUUGCUGUAUUCAAAGAAGGAAACGACACUGCGGCGGCGGCAGGUCACUUCACACAUGUGUUUGUCAAUCCAAAGACGCGGCGGCCAGUACCUAUCAAGGAGACGAUGCGAGAUGCCUUCUUGACGCUGCUGAGUAGUGAAGCAAAGGCUCAGCUUUGA